CAGCCGUGGAGUGUGGCGGAUGCAGUCUUCGCAGACUCUUGCUGUGCGAGAAGAAGAAGACGCGCAUGCGCCCUGCGCAGCAUUUGAGCAGACGUGUGAACGUGAAAAUCCGUAGGUUUUGAUACAUACGGUUUCGUUAGUUGUGUUAUGUGAAGUGUGGCAUGGGUCUGGGCACGUGUGGCAGUGCGGGCUGCGACGACGCACGUCCUACGCCAGUGCGGAUCCGGUUGCUCGUCAGCGGUGUGUUGUGAAUGGGCUGCGUGUGCAGUGCUGGUGACAAGAAGUGGAAUUGGUACUGCUACGGCUACUGGUGGUUGGGCAGACGAAAUUCCUAGGCCUAACGAUAUUCAGCGAUUCAUCGAAAGAUGCACAGUGGUACUGCCGACAGACUCCGGAUAGGCAACGAAGUGAGGGAACUGAAACUUGGCCGCAGUUUCUCGAGCAGCUCCGGCUCGGCAUUCCAUUCCAUUAGGUACGACUUCAAGCCGGCAUCUGUAGAUACGUCCAAGUCUGCCAACGUCGAAGUGGGGGAGAAGAACCAAAUCACCGUGACUGUGCCGCACAUCGAGAACCCUCUGUCCCAGGGCUCCGGUACGGCGCACACGGUGUUCAAGGGCUCGCAGCGGCCAUACCAGCGGGAGUGUGUCCUGGUCGUCGACAACGUCACCGGUGAGGUGACGCUCGAGAGGCUUAGCUGUAACAUCCAGCUCAAGAAGACCAGAGCCGAAGGGAGCAGCAAGAUCCAGCCACGGCCCAUCACCCCUAUCGACAGUGGCAGCAGUGGUGGUGGAGGAUCGCGCAAGCAUUCUCCCUCGCAGAAACUCUCCCCUCCUCAGCCGCAGACGAAUGGCAAGCACAGCUGGUCCUCAAGCUCCCCAAAUGGGCCCCAGCAGUCACAGUCACAAUUGCAACAGCAGCGUACUAGCCAACAGCAGCCAAGGAUCUCUCCAAGCCAGCCACAAGCUCAGCGUGGCAGUCCCCCUGGCAGCCAGAGCAGCCCCUCCAUGCCAACCCUGCUGACACCUCGAGAGGGAGGCGGCUCCGUGAGCCGGGCUCCCUCAGCCAGCAGGGACAGCAUGCCACUGCUGACCACUGAGACCCUCCAUGACUGCCAAGAAGAAGUUCCUGAUGUGGGCGUGUUGUCGGACUCUAGUGAUUCGAGCAACUCUACUAGCAAGAGCUCUGCCAGCUCAGACUCCAGUGACUCUGAACAUGAGGAUGCUCCACCGACACCACAGAAAAACUCUUCCUCUCAGCCUUCCCACUCUUCCAGGGGUCCUCAUGCCACAGUAAAUGGAACAAAUGGCCAGCACUCCAAUAAUGCUUCCUUCUCAAGCAUGCCCAGGUUUAGCCAACUGAGUGAAGAUCUGCACUUAAGUGAAUCUGGCAGCGACAGCGAUGACUAAGCACUCACAGCCAACAGCAGGUCACGUAGCUCCAAGCAACAUUAGCAUGACUAAAGAAAAUGGGCUUGCCUCCUCGUCAACUUGAAGGCAAAGAGGCACAGCCUUGAGGAGGUGAAAGGACUUCAGCACACAAACACACACAACCAUGGCACUUCUCCCUGUUUUCUCUCACUCAAAGACGGAACAGAGUGGGCACAACGAGAGACUAGCAAUUCUUUUUUUUUUUUUUCUGUCCUAUGCGUGGCACUAGGGAAGCCAGCACAGCGAGCUCUGUUAAUGUGGAGCAGUGACUUCAUCCUGUUCUGUUUCUGUGCCGUUUCUGUAUGCCUGGGCAGUACAGUGUGUUUUGUGUGUUGUUUUUUAUGUUGUGUUUUCCUCAUUGUUCAUAGUGUGUCUGCAGAAUGUAUGAGCACAUUAUUUGUGCUUUAUUACCAAUACCUUUUUUUUGAUAGUAUCUUUCUUCCUUCACUUUUUGUGUUUUUGUUUGUUUCCCUUCAGCAAUGUUUAUCGCACAAAAAUGAACACUGGUGGAAAAGACUGUUGCUGCUAUUCAUGGUUCACAUGCGUGCCAACAGCGCAGAAUUAUUGUGCUUUGUUAAUGCCCGAUUACUGCAAAAUCCUCCUAAAGAAAUAAAGGGAAGAAUUUGUGGUACUGAUGAAUCUUGUCACAUACCGUUUACUUAAGCUUGAAAUGUUGCCACUGUUGAUUUAAUUUGCUCGCUAGGAGGGAGGCUUCAGAGGUGAAUUAUUGCUUAUCACAGUCGUGACUGCAUAACAAUUCUACUCCAAUUUCAUAUUGUUCUCCCUUUCGCAUCGACUUGGAUGCCCGCGGAUGCUGCCAUUAUUGCUGGGGUUGGCCAUUUGAUAGGAUGUGUGACAUAAAAAGAAUGGGAUCAAAAGAAUUGCCUCAUUUGGCGUGGGAUGCACACUCUUCUAGGAUCAUGAAGUCUCAGUUAAAUUGUGGCAAAUGGACUCAUUUAACUCGCUCGUUAGUGCAUAACUGCUUCGUGCAUAGUAUUUUCGGGGUCAUACACUUUGCUCACAAUCUGCUUGAUGAGUAAUAAUUCUGUCUCUUAUUCGUGAUAGGCUGCGCAACAGCAGGAAACAAUCCGUACUGCAUAAUGCUGCCAAGGUAGUGUUUGAGCGCUACAAGGCUUAUACUUAUCACACAAGGUAAUGGAGGCAACAGCACCAUUGUAACGUUCCCACCAUAGAGUUUCCUACAGUACUACCUAGGGGGAACUCUGGCACCACUGUCAAGUGCAACAAGUCAUGCAAGUUUCUCAAGGUGCACUGUGGCACCAUGGGUAUGCAAGGAUAAUUAAGGUUCAGUUUUCCUUGAGCAUCACUUGACCUAAAGCGUAGUCAUGGAUGCCAAAAUAAAGGCCUCUUGAAAAUAAAUCUUCAUAAAAUGUCUUCGUUCUCCCAUAGUAAAUCUUGCAUUAAUGGUUAUACAUGUACCGCCACUGUAACCUUGGUGACAAAGAGGCUGAAGUGCACCGAGCCCAAGGUUAAAAUAUGCUUGGUUCCCAACUGGGUGGUUGCCAUAUUGGACGGUUCCUCAGUAGUCACCAACAUGGCCGUGUGCAUGGCAAGGCUGGCUUCUGCAAAAAGAUGCACUGGCUCAGCGCUAUUCAACAACCGCAUAAUUUCGUGUCCUGCAGUAGAAGGUCAAGCCAAGAAGAAACCACUGGCAGGAAUCUCUGUUGAAGAGGAAAUGCCACCAGAGCUGAGACAACAUGCCAUUGACAUACAGCUGUGCCUCCACUUCAGCAAACCACAUGCCAGGGCUGGGCAGACAGUAGAGCCGCAGUUGUAAACUCUAUGGGUUGUCUAACUGGAGAGGGUGCGGUUCUUCUUAUGGCUAAUCCACGGUCAUGGACACUUGGUGGCUUGCAGUGCGUAGCCAGUCCUUGCUAGUGUGUUGGACCUGAUGUCCUUGAUCCCUAAUUAGGUGGUGCCAGAGUAGCGAUGAGCUGCCACAUUUUUUGUGAACCCAGCCCAGCCAUGGGCAUCGCCAUGUUUGCCAUGAAAAAUCGGCUUGAAUGGCAAUUGCUCAUUGGGAUGCCAAGCAUGUUCUAACCUCUAGCUCAGUGCAUUUUUGCCUUGUCGACCCCACAUUUACGAUGGCGUUACACCCACAUAUUGUAUAACAAGCAAAGAAAAUAGCAACAUGCAAUUGAAAUUGGCACUCUGUGAGCGUGUGAAACCUUCUUGUCUUUGCUCCAACUUUAGUGACCCACCAGUAAUGGUCUCGGUCAGUAUAACUGUAAACCUUAGCGUAAGUGCUGAUGUUCUUACUUUUUCUUGCACAGUAAUAGAGGAAGAAAACAGCAUUUCACGCAUUAUUUAACGGAGACUAAAACAUUGCGGCAGAUGAAACAAUGGCUGCCAGUUGCAUCUGCGAGCUGUCCUGGCUCCCCAAAAAAGAUGCCUAUCCAAAGGACCCAGUUAUUGGCACUCCCACGCAUACAACAGCAUAGCAGCGCCAUUUUACUCCCUUGUAAUUGUAAGAAACUCUAUGGUCCCCACUGUGAGCACAGAAGGCUUGGCUGGGCAAUUAUCCAAAUCACAUAAUGAGAAAUACAAUGAUAUAAACAUGCUUUCAUCAACAUGCCUCCAUGUACAUCGCAGGUGGCCCUGCAACAAGCCCUUGCUUUUCUUAAUUUCCAUAAGUGCGUCACCAUUAGUGUUGGUUAAGUUUGUAUGCAGACUGUAAACCAGUGCUUGAAUUUUAUUCUAAUUCGUAAUGCCUUGCACAUUGCAUUACCUUAUCGAAUGUUGAUCUACAAUGGCCUGCCACUGUGAGCAGCAUAUUUGUACUGCUGUUCCAGCCAUAGGAGGCUGCUCUCCAACUAUGCCGAACGUAAGUAAAUAUACAGUUGUACUAUUACUCAUGAAAGCUUUAGAAAGUGUGAAAGUAUGAUGUAAGGUUUAUUUCCUGUUUAGCUGAAGUGAAAAGCAAAUCACAAAAUUAAAUUUUUUUUUUUGUAUUGCCAGUGGAUGCAGUCUGUGCGACACUAUGCAAACAGCCUGGUGAUAACAUAACCAUGCCAGUCAUGUUUUAUGAAGGCACAAAAUGAGAACAAUAAUGAGACAGCAGCGACUGUGGAACAUCUAUGCUAAAGGUACAACAGUAAAUUGGAUGCACGUUUUUUUGUGACCGUUCCAUGCAUCUGUAGCAUGCUGCAGGACUUUUUUAUGAAUCGUUGCAGAAUUGUGAAGGUAUACCACUAUGCUGUGCUUUGGCAAUCAGGUGUGUGUUGUCUUUUGUACAAGCUUCUGUCUAUAAGGAAAAAUACUUGGGUUUAAAUUUCAGCUCACUGAAUGAAUGAUAGGGUAGUAAAAGUUGAAUUCACUUCUAAAUAUUUGCCAUGCCUCUCGAUAACACAGGGGCAUGUCUUAAUUUGCUUGCUCUUGAUUGCAUGUAUUUACAUUAGCCAUGCUAUCACAUAACCACCCAUUAAGAAAGUGUCACAACAUUUUUCGUCUGAGCGCCAUCAGGUUUUGGCCUAUACAUUGCAGUGUGGCUCUUUAAGUAUGUAACAAUAGGCCAUGAGCUUAAUGUCUUGUGGAGGUCAGAGUUAGAAGAAAAGUUAAUAGUGCAGCAUAACUUUUUAGAUGGCAACAUAAUAAAGUACACAAGUUCUUAUGUUAAGCAAUGUAAUCUUUUUAAAUUAGCUAGCUUUAAGUAGAAUUUUUUUUUUGCUUGCCUUCAAGCUACAAACAGCAACAGCUACCCUUUUUUCAAGUCAUACAUGUAUACCUGCUUGAUGUGACACUGGUAGGUUUGUUGCCAUUGUUUAGCAUGCAUAUAACCUCUUGAGUUUUGUCAUUGUUGUUACACAAAGGUGCAGAAAAAAUCAUGCCCCUUUUCAUUCAUUCAGGUCACCAACUCUUCACUUAAUAAGGCAGCAAAUUAUUAUAUCUUAUGUUGCAUAAGCUGAGCAGUAUAUAAAAGUCUAUUGAAAUAUUAAAAAUCAGAAAGUUACUUCAAUGACCUUAGGUAUGUUUCAUUUCUGCAUGGAGAUGUUUCACACGUGCUAUAUUUGAAGGUGCAUGCCUCAGUCACCAAUAAGAGAAACUAAUUCAACGACAAUAGAGUGAAACUGAAGUGAGGUAUUGCGGACAUUCACCGUAGCGCUAUUUUUUUUCUAGUUACAUACUAGUUACAUAUAGUUACAUCGGUCCUUGCAGGAAGGGCACUCAAGUGUACAAGGCAAGUAAGCCUUUGAAGUUUGCCCUUGUUUCUUGCAGCACCACAGGUUUCAUGUGUCGAAUAGACUUUUGCAAGCACCUAGGAGCUACCCUCGCACUGCAUAUUAGAUCGGGAUGCUAUACGUUCCGAAAAGAUUGGAGCAACAGAAACCGAUCUGAUUAACUUAUAAUACCUAUAUUUGUUACCAUCUUUAUGAAUAAAGUUUGAGCAGUUCAAUCUUUAUGACAGUGGGACGUAGAGUGUGACAUAGAUCUUUAGCAGUGCGACAUAGAGUCUCAACAAAGCAAAGUGCCUUUAUUAUUUAAGUGUGGCAUGACAUAACAAAACUGAAAAGAAAAAAAAAACAAACAAGGUGACCAUUCGUAAUGAGUGCCAUGAAAGGGUCUUGUUUAAAGGCGGCUCAGACUCCACAGACACAGCAAAGUGCAUUAGCAGUAGAAAGACGACCAGGGCCAUGAUUUUGUCAAAUCGCAUGUCAAAUGCACAUAUAAUUAUAGAGAAAGUUGUACUAGUUGGUAUACAUACCGAAAUUCAGACAUAUUAACUAGCAUUAAAACGGCGUAGGAUUAGAAUGUGUCCAUUUUGCUUCUCAUUCUAGUCCUACAUCUUUUUAGUGGCAUUUAAUGUCUGAAUUCUCAAAUGCAUGUAAUGUUGCUGAUGCAUAUUUAACCGGUGGAUGUCAGUGCACACCACGGCUGCUUGCAUAUGUAAUUAGCACAGAGUGUUCGGGUGGCAGUGCUUGGUUUGUUCUGCUGCUUACAGAACAUGAUUGUCGGGUCCCUGUAGGGCAGAGGAAUCCCGAGGUGGUAUCUUCCACAACCUAGUCUUCCUUGCUGAAGACGUACGCAGGACAACAUUGAAAAUUUAUAUGAGAGUGCAGAUAUGCCCUGGUUCUAUUCUGUGUACUAUUACGUGCAUUUGUGCCUGAUCCACGAAAGCUGUGUUGCGUGUUGUCUAGUGUGAUAUGACAAGCUUCCAUUGCUCUAGCUGGAAAAGUAGACGUGUAUGUCCUUGUUGUGAGCUGACAGCUCCUUUGUCCCAUGUUCUUGGCAGUUUCAUGAAUGAGAAAGUGAUGAUGCCCUCCCUACCCAAACUUCUCUGUGGAGUCUUGUAUGAUGUAAGCGAGUUAAUUGUGGCCUUACAAAACCAGCCUGUGUGUGGUUUGUUCAAUACCCUUUUUGUUUUUGUACAAUCUGCCAACUUUUGACUACUACUUCUGUUUGUUAACAUUUGUUGGAAGCGAUGUACAAACGUGCAUUUACCACAACUGUUUGUCUAUUUGUCUAUUAAGGCACACACAUUUGUUCAAUGUGGGGAAGUGUUACCCUCAACCUGCCUUACAUUUUGUAUGUGUUGUGUACGUAGAGUUCAUUCCCAAGUAGCUAUGAAGGGUGUUUGCUCACUAGCAACUUGUCUUAAGAUCUUGAGGCAAGAUUUGCCUGCACUUGAGUCGGCACAUAAAGCCCGACCGAUGUUGGUGUGGACUGUUUCAAGGUUGUAGUUGUAACAGGCCAUGACAAGAUGUUGCAAGUGUAAUACAUUUGAACGCUUAUCACCUCAGCAAUGCUUUCUUUUUUUGUGUGCACAAUGUUGUUAGAGAAUGGGAAUUGUGUGCUGCUGGCAGUUUGGACUUUUUUUUCUGUCAAACUGAGAAUACCCAAGUAGUCUGUCAUAUGCACCUGGUCAUUUGUUGUUGAUUUUUUCCAAGGUGUCAGUGUGUGUGCCAAGGCUUGUGGAGAUAAGAAAGAGGAAGUGGAUAUUGUGAGGAGGGAGAACUCGCUUGUAGUCUCAAGUAUUGUGUACUGCCGUAAAAUUUGCUCAAGGCAGCAUUCCCAGGAAUGUUGUGUAUGUUAAGCAGCCCGUGAGCGGAAGAACAAUGCUAACUUGCCACUUAACUUGAGAUACACCGAAGGCAUGCUGUGUAUAGGAGCAUGGUGAACGUUUUAAUAGAACAGUAUCAGCAAUUAAAUUAGUACACAUUCACAAGUUCGCCACCAAUAAUGGGAAACCUUGCACUGGUUUUAUUGCUGCAUGUGUAAAAAAAAAAAUAUAAGUGCAAGAGCCAAGAUACUGUAAUGGUUGGUUAGGUUUCAUCUAGGUUCGCGACAGUGGAAUGCACAUGGUAAUGAUUCUAGGGCCACCUGUUUUCCUUGUACUGUAGCACAGCAUGUUAAUAGUUUUGUGAACCAGCGUCUUCACUUACAAGCAGUGCCUGUGGGGAAGGAAGGCCUGUUGGGCAGCUACCACACAUGUCCCCUUGGCACUGCGUGAGAUGACUUGCAAAACCAGCAAUUCAGACCAUGCAAAAGCACACGGAAUUUUGUGCACCUCAGGAAGCAUGUACAAGUGAACAAUGCUUGUUAGGAAUGCUGUUAAACCUGUGUGUUCAGGUUUUUAUGGCUGGGCAAGGUGCCACUUCUUACCAUUCUUAGGGUAUUUAAGUAUGGAACGUUAAGGAAAAUUACCUCACGUGCUGCUGCGCAUCUAGCCGCUGUUCUUCCCCCACGGAUGAAUGCACGCAUGCAUCUAAGCGCGCUGCUGUGCUGCUCUUUUUUUUUUAUCUUUCUUUUUUUUCUUACAUUCCUGCACAAGCCUGUGCCCCAAGAUUCUGCCUCCAGUAGAAUUUUGUCUCCAUGCAUUACCAGCUGUGAUGACUUAGCCUCGUCAGUGGAAUGAGAUUACGAGGUUCACCAUGAAACAGGAGGGAGGCUGAAGAAAAGUAUGAAAGGACUGACUGCAGGCAGCAUGCGUUUUGUCUUGUGUUGCACCUGUGAAAACUUACCAGAUGCACCUCAUUUAGAGUUGAGAUGUUGGCUUUCCAGAACUAGUCAUGUGGUUUAGAGUGGAGAGAGAGCAGCGGAGUUGGCAUUUGCAAACAAGAUUUUUUUGUUCAUUAUUUUACCUUUAAUCCCCACCCCACCUUAACUUCAUUUCGUUCUUGGUCUAUAUUGUGUCAAUGUCUGCUUGGAGUGUAUUGAUUGUUGGCAGAAAAAAGAAAACUGUGGACAAUAUUGCUAGUGCAGCUGUGACUGUUAGUGACCACUGUUGCAGCUGACAAUUCUGUUUUUUUUUCCUUCUUUCUCUCCUUCUUCCUACUGUCAAUGAAAAUAUGAGCAUUGCAUUCCUUGUGCCACUGUUGAUGCAAAUGCACAUAUGUUACACGUACUUGAUAAUGUUUGUCAGAGAAGCAGGGUGGUGAUAACAAUGAUACUCUUACCUCUUACAUAAAAAAAAUUGCAAUGUACUUGUUUGGUAAACGCAAGCUGCAGCAUUGAAAAUGUUGUUCUUUUCAUUUCUUUUUAUUAGUCAACACACUGGAAGUAAACCUCAAGCGUCCCAAGCUUUGUAUGUGACUCUGAGGACCUAUGCAUGUGGCUUGGUUUCUUCAGUAGCUACAAAGUAGAUAAGAUGUUUUAUAUAAUUAUUAUAAUUAUUAUUAUUAUUAUUAUUAUUAUUAUUAUUAUUAUUAAAUAUACAAGUUUAAACUGC